AUGGCCGAAAUGACGUUGGAGCUGGUGACCUACCUGCACGGCGACCUCGACCUCCAUAUCAUCGAAGCCCGGCGGCUUCCCAACAUGGACCUUGUCUCCGAGCGCUUCCGCCGUUGCUUCACCGCCUGUGACACUAUCACAAUCCCCCACUCCUCCCACUCCCGCCACACCGAAUCCGACGGCGGAGAACACAAGUCCCAACACAGCCGCCCUAAGAUCAUCACCAGCGACUCCUACGUCACCGUUAUGGUCCCCGAGACCACCGUGGCCAGGACGCGUGUCAUAAAGAACUCGCAGAACCCAAAGUGGAACGCGCACUUCUUCAUCCCCCUGGCACACCCCGUAAUUAACCUCGAGUUUCAGGUUAAAGACAACGACCUCUUCGGCGCCGAGCUCAUCGGCACCGCUAAGAUCUCCGCCGAGAAAAUCGCUACCGGAGAACUCAUAUCCGGGUGGUUUCCCAUUAUCGGGUCAUCCGGGACGCCCCCGAAACCCGACUCGGCGAUCCGGGUCGAGCUAAAGUUCACGCCUUUCGAGAAAAACCCACUGUACAAGCAUGGUAUAGCGGGCGAUCCGGAACACAGGGGUGUGCGCCACACGUAUUUCCCGUUGCGGAAAGGAAGCUCCUUGAGGUUGUACCAAGACGCGCACGUGCCGGAUGGGGUGCUGCCGGAGAUUGAAUUGGAUGGACGAAAGGUGUAUAGGCCUGAGAGUUGCUGGGAGGACAUUUGCUAUGCGAUUUCGGAGGCUCAUCACUUGAUUUACAUUGUGGGUUGGUCUGUGUUUCACAAGGUGAAGCUGAUUCGAGAGCCCAGCCGACCGUUGCCACGUGGCGGCGACUUAACGCUCGGCGACUUGCUCAAGUACAAGUCUGAAGAAGGCGUGAGGGUGUUGCUGUUGGUCUGGGACGAUAAGACCUCACACGAUAAGUUCUUCUUCAAAACGGCAGGAAUGAUGGGUACGCAUGAUGAAGAAACCCGGAAGUUUUUCAAGCAUUCAUCUGUUAAUUGUGUUCUGGCAACUCGCUACGCCAGCAGUAAGCUUAGCAUUAUUAAACAACAGGUUGUUGGAACCCUCUUUACCCACCAUCAAAAAUGCGUUCUCGUGGACACACAGGCACAUGGUAAUAAUCGCAAGAUAACUGCAUUUAUAGGAGGUCUUGAUCUCUGUGAUGGUCGUUAUGACACACCUGAGCACAGACUGUUUCGUGAUCUUAACACUGUAUUUAAGGAUGAUUUUCAUCAACCUACUUUUCCUGCUGGAACCAAGGCUCCAAGGCAACCAUGGCAUGACUUACACUGUAGAAUUGAUGGGCCUGCUGCGUAUGAUGUUCUUAUAAACUUUGAGCAACGUUGGAGGAAAGCAACACAAUGGAGAGAGUUUGGACUAAAAAAGAGGGCUUCACAUUGGCAUGACGAUGCUUUGAUAAAAAUUAACCGCAUCUCAUGGAUACUUAGUCCUCCACUAUCUGUUUCAAAGGAUGGAACAACUAUUCCAGAAGAUGACCCUGCUUUGUGGGUUCAACGUGAAGAUGAUCCCGAAGAUUGGCAUGUUCAGAUUUUUCGGUCCAUUGACUCAGGAUCACUGAAAGGAUUUCCCAAAGCCAUCCCUAAAGCUGAGGCCCAGAAUCUUAUUUGUUCAAAGAAUCUGGUAAUAGAUAAAAGCAUUCAAACAGCAUACAUCCAGGCAAUCAGAUCCGCUCAACAUUUUAUAUAUAUUGAAAAUCAGUAUUUUCUUGGUUCAUCAUAUGCAUGGCCAGAUUAUAGAAAUGCAGGAGCUGAUAAUCUUAUCCCAGUGGAGUUGGCAUUAAAGAUUGCUAGCAAAAUUAAAGCUAAAGAGAGAUUUGCAGUGUAUGUUGUUUUACCUAUGUGGCCUGAAGGUGAUCCAAAAUCUGCUGCAAUGCAAGAAAUUCUUUUCUGGCAGAGCCAGACAAUGCAAGCAAUGUAUGAUAUUGUUGCAAAGGCACUAAAAUCGGUGCAGCUUCAGGACUCACAUCCUCAAGAUUACCUCAAUUUCUAUUGCCUUGGUAACCGGGAAAAACUUUCAGAGGAAACUUCGAAUGACAAUGGUGCUUCGGUCUCCGAUGCAUAUAAAUAUCAGCGGUUUAUGAUUUAUGUUCAUGCCAAGGGUAUGGUAGUAGAUGACGAGUACGUAAUACUUGGAUCUGCCAAUAUCAACCAAAGAUCAAUGGCUGGUAGCAAAGACACUGAGAUAGCUAUGGGUGCAUAUCAGCCCCAUUACACUUGGGCUGAGAGGCGGAAACAUCCAUUUGGUCAGAUAUACGGAUAUCGAAUGUCGCUUUGGGCUGAGCAUCUUGGUAAAGAUCCAUGCUUUGAAGAGCCAGAGAGUUUGGAAUGUGUGAGGACAGUCAACGGGAUUGCUGAAGAAAACUGGAAGAGAUUCACAUCUCCAGAUUUUACACAACUGCAGGGCCACCUUCUGAAGUAUCCUCUGCAGGUAGAUGCUGAUGGGAAGGUUGGCCCCCUGCCGGGACAUGAAAAUUUCCCUGACGUCGGCGGUAAAGUAAUUGGAGGUCAUUCUGCCGCACUUCCUGAUACUCUCACAACAUGA